CGGCUUCACUCGCUUCCAUAUUUACAGAGUUCUACCAGAUGGGAGAAGACUGCUUAUCAGCAUGGCAAUUCAAGUGCUCUGUUGGGGUCCAGCGUCUGCUGAGGAUCACGCCCAGGCUGUGGGAAGUGGCGGAAAUUUGUUCUGUUCAGAAACCGCGGGAAACCUGGCGGGCCGCGGCUACUGACUGGCAGUGGCAGCAGAGAAGAGCAAGAGGAACGCGAGAAAUUUUGCAUCCUGGCGGCCGCCGUAGCUCCCUGAUCUCCAUGGCAACAGCCCGAAGCAGCGGGAGGUUUCUGGGCGGUGCAGCGGCCAAGGCCUAUUGGAUCCAGUGCGGCGCGAACCCGCUGCCCGCCGCCGCCUUCGGCUGCAGCUCCUGGACUGACCGGCGCUGUCGUGUCCCAUGGACGCCUCCUCUAGUCCCUGGGAUCCAGCCCCUGCUCCGGUCAGCAGUCCUCCCCUGCUGCUCCCCAUCCCCGCCAUCGUCUUCAUCGCUGUAGGCGUCUAUCUGGUGCUGCUGGGCCUGGUGCUGCUGACCAGGCAUUGCCUGCUGGCCCAGGGCUGUAUCCAGGACUGCAGCUCCCCCUGCCGGAAGCCAGCUGACUCCAGGCCCCAGGACUGUUGCUGGACCUGCGCAGAGGCUUGCGACUUCCCGCUGCCCAGCCCCGCCCACUACCUGGAUGCCUGCUGCCCCCAGCCCACCGAAGCUGGCUGGGCCUCCCGCUGUCCUCGCUGCUGUCCCCUCUGUGACUGUGCCUGCGCCUGCCAACUCCCAGACUGCCAGAGCCUCAACUGUCUCUGCUUCGAGAUCAAGCUGCGAUGAGGCUCCUGAAUCCCUGCCCUUCAGGGGGCGGUCAGCCCCCAGGGCCAACAUGCCUUCUUUCCUGAGGGGCCUCGGGACAUUUCUUCAGGCCACUGGGACCAUAGAUGGCCUGGCCAACUCACCAGCCUGGGACCCAGCAGUAGCGAGUCUGGCUGUCUGCAGAGUAGGCCUCAGAGACCCCCAACCUGAUGGGACAGCAGCCCCUUUGACGCGCCAGAAGAGAGAGGAGCCAGUGUGCGGGCUGGUGCCCUACCUUGCUCACCCCCUCCCCAAGAUCCCUGUCCAUUCCAAAGACUGAUUUCUCUCCAAGGAAGAAACUGCUUCGGGAGCUUCCGG